AUGGUGCAGCGUCUCGUUUACCGUUCGCGUCACAGUUACGCCACUAAAUCGAACCAGCACAGGAUCGUCAAAACUCCAGGUGGAAAGUUGACUUAUCAGACCACGAAGAAGCGUGCUAGUGGACCCAAAUGCCCCGUUACCGGAAAGCGUAUUCAGGGUAUUCCUCACUUGAGGCCUGCUGAGUACAAAAGAUCUCGACUAACCAGAAACAGGAGGACUGUGAACCGUGCUUAUGGUGGGGUUUUGUCUGGUUCUGCUGUUAGGGAAAGAAUCAUCCGUGCUUUCCUUGUUGAGGAGCAAAAGAUUGUGAAGAAGGUUUUGAAGCUUCAAAAGGCAAAGGAAAAGGUAGCUCCCAAGAGCUAA